AUGAUUUUGGAUUCGCACGAAUUACAGUUCAAGAGAGAAUGUACAUUCUUGGAAUGUACCAACUCGGAGAGGCUUACUCUCAUGUGUACGUGUGUUCCGGGACUUGAGGAAGUAGCGGCUCAAGAAAUUCAAGAUAAAUUGAAGAAAUUGAAUGAUCAUCAUUCAUUCUUGGAAAAUCAUGGAAAGGAGAGAAGGAAUGAUUCCGAAUUAUUAAAUUCCUUUUCAUGGUUGAUUCAUCAUAUUUAUAGUGUGUAUCCUGUAGUAGAUAAGAAUUUGCAAGAAGGUUCAAUUUUGAAAAACUCAUCCUUGAGAGAAGCCAAUAGAGAAAUUGUGAGACUUUUUGAGAGAAAGGACGUGAAAUCCAUGCUACAGGGAAAGAUUAUUGUUCAAUUGGAAUUUAAUCAAAAUUUUGAUUUGAUAUUUAAACGGUGUGUCGACGCAUUGCUUCAGUGUAUUUCCAUUUCGAAAAUUCAUAUCAUGGUUUAUACGAUGGAAAAUUUAUCUUUUCCAUCACAGGAAAAGUCAACCGAAGACACUUCGAAUAUUAUGGUCAAUAGUAGUACUGAGCCACUUACGGAUGACGAAAAAAAAGAAAGAGAGUACGAAAGAAGAUUGAAAAAUGAUCCUCAAUUCAGAUAUAUCAUGGAAAUUCAUCAUCAAUAUCUUCCAAAUAGUCGAUGCUGGAAAGAAUCUCUAUUCAAAUGGAUGCAAAUGAGAAAUCUUUUAUAUUCCAACAAGGAAGAGCAUGAACAACUCCAAGAUAUUGAAAAUUUAAAAUUUCGAAUUACAGCCAAACGAGCUGGCUCGCAUCAAUUCACAUCCAAAGAGCUCUCAUCAUAUAUUGGGUUAUUGAUUUCUCACAAGUCGAUGGGACUUGAAAAUGCAAAAAUUGGACAAUCAUGGAAAGCAGACUUGUCAAAUUAUGAUCUCGAUAUUUAUAGCUAUCUCUUUUUUGACACUCUCUUUGUGUGUUUUACACUGUGUGAAGAGAAUGUUUGUUAUGAAACAUUUUCAAGAAAUUUUAAUCAUGAGCUAUUGAGAAAUUCAACUUCUCUAAAACCCAACAUUGCCUACAGUUUGAUUCAAUUGGCGAAUAUUCGAGAGGGAGACAUUGUUUGCGAUAUUUGUUGUGGAACUGGAAUUAUUUCACUCAUGGCUGCUCAUCUCUUCUACAAUCGCAUCCAUGUGAUUUGUGGAGACUACUCUGAGGAAGUUCUCGAAAAAACUAUCCACAAUAUGAAUUGCUAUGUUGGACGUAAACAUGAUAAGAUUCAUUUAAUGAGCCCUCAAUUGUGGGAUUUCACUCAAUUACCUCUCCAAACGGCCUCUGUGGAUGUCAUUUGCUCCAACCUUCCAUUCGGAAAACAAAUUGGAUCUCAUUCAUUGAAUAAGGAAAUUUAUCCUCCAAUGUUUAUACAAGUGUGUAGGGUGUUACGUCCAAAUGGAAGAGCUGUCUUGUUAACGACCGAGAAACACUUGAUGCAAAAAUCGAUGUCUGAGAACAAAGUAUUCAUUUCGUUGAACAAGCGUGUGACCAUUAAUCAAGGAGGAUCGGAAGUGUUUGUUUACAUUAUUGAUAGGAAAAAUAGAGAAUGGUUUGUCAAGAAUGAUUCAACCAAGUGA